CAGUAUGCGCUCUGGAUGACACGCACCUGAACAGAAAGCCCGAAAUUAAGCGUCGGGUUUCUUCCUCUAUCAUUCGACCUUGGAAUUCUGCGAGUUUAAAAGUGCCUUGAAGAGACUGAAAAAUGCGCAAAGUAAAGUAGACAUGAAAAACUGAAAUAACUGAAAUAAAAAAAAAUCACCAAGAGGAUUAAAUAGCUUAUUGAAGCAGUACUCGACUCAUCUGGUGUACCAUGUCUUUAGAGGGAAUGUUUACCUCCGUCGCUGAGGAAAAGUCCGCGUCCAAUGACUCAUGGGAGCGCCGGAGCUCUCCGGACGCGCGCGAAGCAUCGAUGUGGCGCGUGGGAGUCGCGAUCGCCACCGCGUACACGCUGAUCAUCGUAGUGGGUCUUGUAGGUAACGUGACGCUCAUUCGCACCUUCUGCGCCGUCAAGUCCAUGCGCAACGUCCCUAACUUGUUCCUGUGCAGCCUUGCGUUUGGAGAUGUGCUGCUGCUUGUUACGUGCGCUCCAGUGGACGCCAGCCGGUACCUAGCCGAAGAAUGGCUCUUCGGAAGAACAGGAUGCAAACUCAUCCCGUUUAUCCAACUCACUUCAGUUGGAGUGUCGGUAUUCACCCUCACUGCUCUGGCAGCCGACAGAUAUAAAGCCAUUGUGAAACCCAUGGAUAUCCCAACCUCUCAUGCUACGGCUAAGAUCUGUUUAAAAGCUUCUGCUAUUUGGCUCUUGUCCAUGGUCCUGGCCAUCCCCGAAGCCAUUUUCUCUGACCUGCAUACCUUUCACAUCACACAGACCAAUGAAACCUUUCAAACAUGUGCCCCGUAUCCUCACACAGGAGACCUGCACCCUAAAAUCCACUCCAUGGCCUCUUUUCUUAUAUUCUACGUCAUCCCUCUUUUCAUCAUUUCUGUGUACUACUUCUUCAUCGCCAGGAGCCUGAUUAGGAGCACAAUUAAUCUGCCAGUCGAGGAGAAGAUGCCUAUUAGGAGACAGAUGGAGUCAAGGAAGCGUCUGGCUAAGAUGGUGUUGGUGUUUGUGGGUCUCUUUGCUAUCUGCUGGCUCCCCAGCCACGUCAUCUACCUGUAUCGCUCGUACCACUACUCUGAGGUGGACACAUCCACUCUGCACUUUAUCACCAGCGUGGCUGCCCGCAUCCUGGCCUUCACCAACUCGUGUGUCAACCCUUUCGCUCUCUACCUGCUGAGCAAAAGUUUCCAGAAGCAGUUCAACAAACACAUCUGCUGCUGCUGCCCUCCUCUGCCGCUGCACAUGAAAAAUAUGACGCGUGGCAACACACGCAUGAGUUCACUGAAAAGCACGCAGAAUCACACUGUCGCCAGCUUCAGCCUCAUUAAUGGCAAUCACGGCUGUCAUGAGGGCUCAGUGUGAGUGUGCUGAGGUCUUUAGCACUUUAUUCAUUUUUUAGUUGCUCAUGAUUGGUCAGUCUUCUCAUUAUUGCUACUCUACUGUACUCUUCAACUCUACUGUACUCUUGAAUAGUCGUUACACUUUACGUUCUACACUCAUCCAAAAUAUAGUGAGCAGACGCAGUGGUCUGAGAGCUGGAAAGCUCUUCAGCCAACAUUUUAUCACACUGUGUUCGAACGAAUCAAUUUUCCUGAAAAGUCGCUGUUGUUUUAGGAAGAACUUCACAUCUGCUUCAGUUUGAACACUAGUACAUCCAGACACUUGAACGCUUUCCAUUUGUGGCCCUGUAGAAAACCGCUAACUAUUGGUGAAAGUGUUUACGUUUCAAAUGUAUUUUUAUUUGCAUUCUUUUGGAUUUCGACGCUGACUUGUAUUGGUGUCUUGGUGUCUUAAUACAUUAUGUUAAUGAACCCAGCUUACAUAAGCCUGUUAUUUUGGUUGUCUGUGUUAUUUAAAUGCUGUAAAUUAUUCGGUGCAGUAAAACUGUGUUCAAGUGUGCUACUACAGAACGAACAAACAGGAAGUGAUUUUUUUUCAGAGGCGUAUCCAUUUGUACAGACGUCAAAUUCACGUUUAGGUGACAAGCAGCGCUCACAGGAUAAUCUGAUCAAGGUGUAGCUACCUGUUGCUGUCAAUUUCAGAGGUAAUCGGUCACAGUGUUGGUGCCUGAGCUGGAUCUGCUGCAGCUGCUGUGUCCUAGCAGCAGAGUUUCAUCUGUUAAUGUGUUUGAGUAGCUUUUCUGUGGGUGUAAACAGAGCUGUUCUGCUUAUUAUGUGGCUUAAGGGUUACAAACAAAAACUUCUUCAAUGCACUGACUUUUGUAUCAGUGAAAUACAGUAAAUAUCUGGUUUAAAUGUGAAUA